AUGGCUGCUCUCAUGCCAAAGAAAAUGAAAAAUGAAUCAUUAAUUGGAGAUGUACUAGCAUACUCCGUUAAUUUACUUAAGAAACAACGAACAUUAGAUAGACCUCCCUCAUGUCAGCAAGCUAUCGUAAUGGUCACAGACAGUUUGUGUAUAAAUUAUACUACUUUAAUGCGUCAACUUGAUCCCGAAGGAAAAAUUAGACUUUUUGUCAUGUGGCUUCAUGACCAAUUUGGUUUGCGAGACAACACUCGUUUAUAUGGAGGCGAACUAAGUUGCGAACGCGAUGGCUAUUUUGCAGAAUUAAUAUCAGACUAUGAUGUAACAGAGCAGGUCAUGAAAAUACUACGUGUGCUUGAACGUCCAUUGGUCGGUCAAAGGAAACAUAGGCUUAGAGUUUAUAGCGAUAUUUAUGCUCAUAUAGAAGAUCCGAGGCGUGGUGAAUUUCAUUGGCAACAAAAAGAGAACACUGAACAAGUAUAUCGUUAUAAAGAGCUUAGAAAAAAUAAAGAUAAAUUUCUAAAAAAUGCUUAUAAAGAUUAUCAACGUAUGGACACAUUGGAAAAGUAUGGUCAAUACUACGAGAUGGAAGAUAUGAACUAUAGAUUGCAAAUUAGCGUUUCUGUUCCAGUUUUUGAAAGCACAACUGUAGAAAACAUAACCAUUCAAUUAGACGAAGAAAAACAAAGAAAUUCUACUAGAACUUACCCCGUAAAUAGAUUAUUAGGGGUAGCUGGGGUCGAUAUUCCUCUUGAUCACCUUAAAUUAAUAUUACCUUAUUAUCUUACAGGCGCAAGUGGAUCUUUGUUUAUUUUAGAUCACAGGGGAAAUAUCGUUCUACACAAUAAUACAAAACCUGUUUUUGACGGCGACAUAUUAAGACCAGGGUAUCGUACGGUUGAUUUCUUGGAUGUUGAACAACCAGGAAUAGAUCAUUUACCAAGAGACUAUCCUCAAGAUUGGCUCGACUUUCGUAAAGCCAUUGUUAACGAUGAACCUUCUGGAUAUAGAACAAUGUAUGCUAAAAGUAUAUUUGAAGGUGGAAUGAGAGUUCUUCUAGAGAUGAAAGAUUAUUAUUGGAAGCGCAUUCAUAAUCACUACACUCUUGUCGUUUCUUUGCCUAAAUAUAACCUUCUUCAUGCUGUCCCUGAAGGUGAAUUUACGCAGCAAUUGGGGGAAGAAGCCCUAAAAGCUCUAUCUGGAACAGAUUUUGCGAUUCACCCGGAAUGGUUAUAUUGUAGACAUAUUGAUCCCCAUUUUGAUUCUCGUGAGUUGGAAUUGCUUCAUUUUCUUAGACGUCGUCGAGAUGAACCAAAUUUUGCAAUGCUGAAGUUAAAACAUUUAUAUUCUCCAAUAACCCCAACUUUGCUUGAAAAAACUUACCAAUGUAAUGAAGAACUAAUGAUAAGUUUAAGUAAAGAAGCUAUAGCGACUCUAAAAUGGGCACAAGAACAUGAAGAUCCUGAUACUGAUCGGGAAUGUUCUGCUUGUCUACUUGGAUCCAAUACAGCCUUCUUUGCAUCGGAAAGUGGCUUAACUCGUUGGCAACUGUACCAUGCAACGAGUGCACAUGCAGAUCCACCAGAAGGAUACGUAUGGCCACUAGGUCCUGCAGAAGCAUGGUACCGUAGAGCUAGCGCACAACCUGAUACUCUUAUUGUACAUGCGCCUAUACCCCCUGUGAGAGUUCUUCGUAAUACUGAAUCAACAUUACCUCCCUUAGGUCCACGUUGGCAAUGGUUAACGGCUGCACGAACGCUAGGUCAUCCCACAAAACAAGGCAUCAUAGGAGUAGCAGGAUAUCACUUUUAUCCCAAACAUCUUGAUGAUUUGCUUGAAUCCAUAACUAAUUUUCCAUGCGCACUGGAUGAUGAAUCAAAGUGUGAGCCUCGAUGUGAUAAUAAAAAUUGGACUUGUGUGAUUAUUGAUGAUGCGGGAUGGAUAAUUGCCGAUCAAGGGGAAGAAGAUGCGAUGAAUAGGCAUCUUGCCAAUGAAUACCCGGCUGCAAUGCAAGCCUUAUUAAAUGCAAGCGUUUUCAAAGUUCGAUGGGUACACGAUUACCAAGGUGUCUGUUUCCCACCGAAAGAUGAACCUAUAUACGCGGCAGCACCUCGAUUAUCUUCAAUAGUAAUGUCCAUGUGGACCUCGUUGCAACAUUUGAUGUAUAGUUCUCGUGAAUUGUUUACUAUAUUAACUUUAUCAAUGACUAAUAAUGAUGUACACUGUGAUACAGAAGUGGAGAAACAGAAACGGCGUCGUCGUUUACGUCGGGAUUUCGAAAGAGAAAAAUUUGAGCGACUCCACGACGAUCGCGUUAUUAUCAAUAGAACGAGAUUUGCAGCAUGCGAUAGGACUAGGCCACUAUAUGAGUUGCAGCGGAACAAAAAAGCAAUCGAGGCAUUAAAUCGACCAGCAAAGCCGUGUCUGUGGCCAUUAGUCGCGACAGAAGUCCCUCGAACUAAUCUUAUUCUCAUGGCAAUAUACAAACACUGUCCCUAUACUGGUAAACCUCUGAAUAAUUCUCUUCACAAUGAGCCAGUACAAAUGCCGCAAGACAGUAAGGUGCUGGGGUCAGCAAGCCGACUUGCUUGUUGGCGGAACCAGGUUCCUCUUCUUGGUCGUGCUCCACACACCACCUGUUAUGAACACAAUUAUGCUUUUGAGGAUGGCUACAGGCAAUGCGGGCCAUGGCUUCCAGACCCAGAGGAAAGUAAUGGAAGUGCUAUUAGAUUUACGAAAAUGCUAUUGUGUUGUUUAAUAGCUCUCCACAUAAUUAUUACGAAUUUGUAA